AUGAGUCCCUUUGUGGGCUUCUUGUUCUCCGUCAUUCUAGCCAUAGCGGCCUUUGUUCUCUCACUAAUUGCUUCGCUGGCCGCAGUAAAGGCGGGCUUCAUGCCAGACUCCAACAUGGCACUGCUCGACACCAGUCGUAUGGGCCUGGAAGCUGUUCUUGCUGGUAACAAUGCCCCCUCUUUAGUCCGAAACUCCCUGGGCAUGGGAAACGGCAAAAUCAACGACGCAAAGAACAAGCUCAUCAACGAAACAAAGGAAGAGGUCGUCAAGACCAUCAAGGAUGCCGUCGGUCUCGACCAGUUCUACGCCGUCUACGCUUGGACCGUCUGCUCCGGAACGUUUAUGAACAAGAAAGACUCGAGCGGCGGUCUAGACGUCAGGGUAUGCUGGCCAUUGCAUAAGACCAACCUGGCCGACCUCUUGGAGAUGGACCUCAAGAUUUCUGGCCCGACUCGAGACGCCACCCGCGAGGUGGGCGAGGCCGCGCCCCGAAUCCCGAUGCUGAUCGGCGACCUCUUCUCCGCGGCCUACCUGCUCUGCAUCUUCUCGGCCUUGACGUUGGUCGUCGCGAUCCACUUUACCUUGCCGCGAGGGCCCGGAGGCUACCGCCGCCCGCCCUUCUGGACGCACGUUCUCAACUUGGCGGUCACGGGUCUGGCGUUUGCCAUGCGGGUCGAGGUCUGA